UCAGUCAGUUUGCAGCAGCUACGGUGUAGCGGCACCCAGAAGUGAACAAAGCGACCCGGAAGCGCUGAACCAAUUGGAGGCAGGCAGAAAGAACAUCAACAUUUCAUAAAGCAAGACAAAAUCUGCAAUCGGGACAUCAGGAUGGCUGAGCCUCGAUUCAACAACCCCUACUUCUGGCCUCCGCCUCCUUCCAUGCCUGGCCAGCUGGAUAACCUGGUGCUCAUCAACAAGAUCAAGGAGCAGCUGAUGGCUGAGAAGAUCCGACCCCUGCACCUGCCGACCAAUUCAGCCCCCUCCCAGCAAACCCUGCUGGUAGCCUCCUCCCCCUUGGACGGGGGGCAGCACAGCAUGCUCAUGCCCAAGCCCCAGCAGGGCCAGCAUCACCCCCAGGGCUCGGUCCAGCAGCCCGACAUCGCCCUGCACGCCCGCACAGCCUCCAGCUCUGUACCAGAAGUGAUGGAUGACAAGUCAGCAGUUAAGGUUAAAGGACUGUGGGAUGAGUGGCACAUGCGACAGAUCGUUGAGCAGCCCUCUAGAGUCAACCAUCGGUCAGGUCUGGCCCCUAUGUCCCGGCUGGACAGCCACAGCACUUCAGAGGCCCUCACCCCCACCUCCAGCAGCCAGAACCGACUGGGAGGGACCCCAUCGAUCAACAUCAUCUCUGGGCUGGCCAGCGGCCCUGGCAUGGAACAGAUAAAGAGCGGGGGCCUGGCCGGACUCCUCGGCCCACCACCCAAGACUCCCCGUGGGCGGAAGAAGAUCAAAGCGGAGAGUGGAGGGCCUCUGCUGGUGGUGCCCUACCCCAUCAUGGCCUCUGGCGCCGACCUGGGCUGUGUAACCUUCCCUGCCAAAGAGGGCAAAACCUACAGAUGCAAACUGUGUCCGCUCACCUUCAUGUCAAAGUCAGAGAUGCAGAUCCACUCCAAGUCCCACACGGAGGCCAAGCCCCACAAGUGUCCCCACUGCUCCAAGUCCUUUGCCAACGCAUCCUACCUGGCCCAGCACCUCCGCAUCCACCUGGGAAUCAAGCCCUACCACUGCUCCUACUGCGAGAACUCCUUCCGCCAACUCUCGCACCUGCAGCAGCACACCAGAAUCCAUACUGGUGACAGACCCUAUAAAUGCGCGGCCCCUGGAUGUGAAAAGGCCUUUACCCAGCUCUCUAACCUCCAGUCCCACCAGAGGCAGCACAACAAAGACAAGCCGUACAAAUGUCCCAACUGCUACCGUGCCUACUCAGAUUCAGCAUCGUUACAGAUCCACCUGUCAGCGCACGCCAUCAAAAAUGCUAAGGCGUACUGCUGCAACAUGUGUGGCCGGGCAUACACCUCAGAGACCUACCUUAUGAAGCACAUGUCCAAACACACGGUAGUGGAGCACCUAGUGAGCCAUCAGUCCCCCCAGAGGAAUGAAUCCCCCAGUAUCCCAAUACGCAUCUCUCUCAUCUGAGUUUAGCAUUACUGUAUGUUGUUGUAUUGUUUUCUAUGGAAGGCUGACGUUUAGGGGCCCUGCACAUAAGUCCAUCGACCCGAGGCCUACAUAUGCAUCACAUGACACCUGACAUUCAUUUACAAACCCUUGUUCCAUUUUUACACAGAUUGGGUCGGUUAAAAUAAAAACGAGCUUAGCAUCUUCUUUGCAAAGGUUUAUGUCAAUGGGAACAAAUGUCGGAUCAUGUCUCGUGUUGGAUACAACUGAGCACUUACGAAGGCUUUAUGCAAACGGUCUUAUGCAUUGGCCCUUAACAUUUUAAUGUACAAAAAAAUGAUUCCAUUAAAUGUUUUUUUUUUCUUUCAAUAUUUUCCCCUAUACCUAAACUAAAUGGAUUCAUAUUUUCUGGGUGUGUUCUGGCGACAUCCAAAGAUAAUCUUAAAGCGCUCUCAGGCCUUGUGGUUUUGGAUCGAAAUGUUUUUCUAUCUUUUCCGAUGGAAAUGCAAAAAGAUUACUUGAGGCAGCUAAGAGUAUUGACUGUGUCUGAUCAAAAGUCUGAUGUUUUUUGGUUAUUUUUUUGUUCAAGCAAAGUUUACAGGGUCAGACUUCAAAAGCAGCAUUUUAGAGAAAAGCAAUUGGAACUAUGUAGACAAUUCGAUUGUAAGGUUGUUUCUCUUGGAGGAAUGGUGAAACAAAGUGCACCAAAAUGUU